GCGGUCCCCUUAUUUGGAUCUGCAGGAAUGUGGGUUGGAGCGGUCCUGCCGCGGUACCAGCCUCCUGCCUGUCGCCGAGUCUGCCCCUGACCCAGGCGCGCCUGCUACUCGGUGGCAGAAGGGCCGGCGGAGCGCCAUGGCCUGCAUCCUGAAGAGAAAGUCUAUGAUUGCAGUGAGCUUCGUAGCAGCGUUCCUCUUCCUGCUGGUUGUGCGCCUUGUAAAUGAGGUGAAUUUCCCACUGCUGCUAAACUGCUUUGGACAGCCUGGCACAAAAUGGAUACCAUUCUCCUACACAUACAGGCGGCCCCUUCGAACUCACUAUGGAUAUAUAAAUGUGAGAACACAAGAGCCUUUGCAGCUGGACUGUGACCUCUGCGCCAUAGUGUCAAACUCAGGUCAGAUGGUUGGCCAGAAGGUGGGGAAUGAGAUAGACCAGUCAUCCUGCAUUUGGAGAAUGAACAAUGCCCCCACCAAGGGCUAUGAGGAAGAUGUUGGCCGCAUGACCAUGAUUCGAGUUGUGUCCCAUACCAGUGUUCCACUUUUGCUAAAAAACCCUGAUUAUUUUUUCAAGGAAGCAAAUGCUACUAUCUACGUCAUUUGGGGCCCUUUCCGCAAUAUGAGGAAAGACGGCAAUGGCAUCGUUUACAACAUGUUGAAAAAGACUGUUGACGUCUACCCGAAUGCCCAAAUUUACGUGACCACAGAGAAGCGCAUGAGUUACUGUGAUGGCAUUUUUAAGAAGGAAACUGGGAAAGACAGAGUCCAGUCUGGCUCUUAUCUCAGCACGGGGUGGUUUACCUUCAUUCUGGCCAUGGAUGCCUGUUAUGGCAUUCACGUCUACGGGAUGAUAAAUGACACCUACUGCAAGACAGAAGGAUAUAGAAAAGUCCCCUAUCAUUACUAUGAACAAGGAAGAGAUGAGUGUGAUGAAUAUUUUCUUCAUGAACAUGCUCCAUAUGGGGGGCAUAGGUUUAUCACUGAAAAGAAAGUGUUUGCCAAAUGGGCCAAGAAACACAGGAUAAUAUUCACACACCCAAACUGGACAGUGUCUUGAUGUUAGUUUUCCUGAUCUUGCCACAACACUUGAUAUGAUAAUACCACAACUGUGAUGAUAAUGAUGUUAAUGACGAUGAUGGUGAUGACAAGGACACGAUGAUGAUCAAGUCUGUACAUUCUCAGAUAUGGAUGGUGACCCUGCCAGUAAUUUGAACUUGGGAUUCCAUGGAGGGUGGUUGUGCUCUUUACAUUGAUUCUGAAAGUUCAACAUUACAUACUGCACUUUAUAAUUUAACUGGAAUUGAAAUGAAGGCCAGUAACAUGACAGCAGUGACCUAAGAAAUGGGAAGAGUGUCCUUCACAAUAGCUGCCCAGUAUUCUUAAACAGUGAGUAACUUUCAAAAGCGGUGGGGUUUAGCCUUAUGAGGCUAGGUUAUUGAUGCCAUUGUCUCAACUUGAGCAGCUCCACAAUUUUGAAUGGUUGAUUAUCAAACACUGACCUAAGAAAUUCUUUCUGGGUACAAGUAUUGUACUAGAAGUGGUGAAGGAAUCUUCUGACACACCAUGGUCCUACAGUACCUCCUACAGCUGAAGCCUCAGGCCAUUUUGUAAUUAACAACGGAAAUAUCCUGGCCAUCCUACCCAUCAGGAUUAUUCAACAAUUCAAACACUUAAUUCAAAAUGGGCCAACUAGUAGAUCUUGAUGGAUUUCUGCUCCCACCACUCCAUUCUCACUACCCCAAACAAUAUAACUAAACACAGUACUAGAGUGAUCUCUAUUACUGUUUAUUUUUGGUUGAGUCCUAAAUAUUUCAGAAAGAUAUUUAACAUGUAAGAUACCAACACUGUAAUAACAUAUACUGUGAAAACAUUCUUAAAACAUAACCAAAAGGGUUUACUAACUCUGUUUCAACAUCCAACAACACAAAAAUAUAUGCUUUUUAAAAUCAUGAAACCAAGAACGCCAAGCAUAUUUUUACAUCAAUUUAUAUCCUACCAUACUUCAUAAUAUAUAUUUGUAUAUUCAAAUUUCUAUUUUAUAGGCUCAAGAUACAUCUCUCCAUACAUUACAUUAUCGUUGCCAAGUGCCAACCGUUAGACAUGGAGAGGAAAUGACUCUUUGGAUUAAAUCUGACCAGAGCUUUUGCCUUCUUGGGGUUUAUUUUUCCCACAGUGUAUCAGUUGUUAUACCCUAAUAACAACAAUAAUAAUGUCCUUAAUGUCCAAAGUGCUUUGUCAUUUAGAGUCCUUAUACAUAUGCUAUCCUAUGUGAUGCCCGUGACUACCCAUUGGGCUAUCGCCUACACAUUCUGACACCUCCUUAGCAGGUAAGCUGUAAUUUGUUAAUUGCUUUGGUAUACUCCAGAUAUUCCCUUUGCUAAUAUUUGUAUAGAAUAGGAUUUAUGUAGACUAGUAACCAAUUGAUUUCAGUGCCAAAUAUAAUAUAUCUGGAUUAUGCAAAAAAUAUCACAAGGAUGGUCUUGGCCAUACACUAGGACUCCUGUGAAUGUAAGUACUUUUGAUUUUUUUUUAAAAUGAUUCUUUUUAGGUAGAGAAAAAUGAGGAAGCAGGACAACAGGAGGGAAUGAACACAGAGAAUAUAGUCUACUGUCCCCAUCUUGAGAUGACAUUUUUCUCCAUAUACUCACCGCUUAUUAAAUAUUAGAGGAUUGAUUUGCUGAGAGAGGAGCCAAGAGACCAAAAAUAUCCUUGCAAAUGAUUCAAAAGAUGCAGCCAACCAUAACUUACAGAAUGAUUUGGAGGAUGAGUGAUGAUACAUUGCACCUUUGGAGGUCUUUUUAGGUCUUUACCAGUGCUAGGUCCCAUGACUAGUUCUCAUUAAACGGGCCAUUUUGGGCAAUAGCUGCUUUGCUGCUCUCUGCUACCAUUUUGAUAGCACCAAAACUCACAUCCAUGAAAAUGACCAAAUGCCACUUCAAUAGGUGGAACUGUUACUGUUGUUAUUCCUCUGUUCUUUCUUCAUGUGGCUUUUAGUUCUAUGUAUGUCAGGAUUUUGUGAGCUAAUGAUGGAUAGAAUUGCCCACGCAAAGAAAAAUAAACAGAUACAACUGUUAAAAUUGUAAUACAGACUGUUUUCCCCCCUGUUGUGAUACAGAAGUUCCACUUUGAAAUAAAAAGGAACAUGUGUUCCUCAGAAUGCUUCA